AUGUCGAACACACUACCACUUCUGAACGGGAGAAUCACGCUAGACCGGGCUCUGAAUGACGACGACAACAUGCUCGCUCAAAUCGGAUAUCCUCGACAAAGACAAGAAUUCUUUAGUUACUUGUCCGCCCAUAAGGCCGAGAUCGAAGCUAUUGUCUCAUUCCACCUCCGUGCGAAGAAGUGCCGAGUUAGUGACGUACAGACCUGGUUAUCUGGCAGCUACAACGUUUGCAUACCUGUCUACAUCAGCCCACCCUCCAAUGUGCGUUCGGUACUCGUUCGGAUUCCACUGCCUUACAAAGUUGGAGAAGCAAAGUCUCCAGGCAAUGUGGACGAGAAGCUUCGUUGCGAGGUUGCUUCGUAUCUAUGGAUUCAAGAAAACUGUCCAGACAUUUCGAUACCGUAUUUGUUUGGAUUUGGGUUUCCGAAUGGCCAGACCUUCACGGCUCCAGAACAAACACCUCUCUUCGCUCGAUUAAUGUGGCAUACGAGAAGGACCCUGCUUUCGUGGCUUCGAUUUCCAACUCCAUGCCAGUACAUCAGCCGAAGAUAUCAAGACACCCUGAAUACCGGCUAUAUCAUCAUAGGUAGGGUUUCGCAGGGGAAAAUGCUCUCCAACACCUGGGAGGCCUUCCGCCACGACAAGACUCGCCGUUCAAACCUUUUCCAUGGCUUGGCUCGGAUCAUCCUGUCGCUGAACAAAUCUCCUUUGGCAGCGAUUGGGUCUCUGACUUUGAACAAUCAAGGAUUUAUAACCUUGACCAACCGUCCUCUAACCCUACAACUUCAAUCAUUGGAGAAUGAAGGUGUCCCGACUGCCAUCAGCAGAAGCUCUACCUAUUCAACUGUGGAACCUUACCUUCUUGAUCUUUUGAGUUGUCACGAUAACCGUAUUUCCUUUCAGCCAAAUUCUAUCCACGACCAAGAUGACGGUCAGCAGCAAAUGGCCGCUUUAACUGCGAUGCGUGCAGUCCUUCAUCACUUUUCGCCGCGCAAUUCUCGUUACGGGCCUUUUGUUUUCACCCUUACAGAUCUCCAUCAGAGCAAUAUCUUUGUUGAUGAUGACUGGCAUAUUACCUCUCUAAUCGACUUGGAAUGGGCAUGUUCCCUACCGAUUCAACUACAAUGCCCUCCAUACUGGCUUUCUGGGCGGGCUAUAGAUGAGAUGGAACCGGGUGAACAUCUUGAGACAUUUCAUCAACUCGUUUUGGAAUACCUCGAAGCUUUCGAACAAGAAGAAAGGGGCAUGGUUGGAGAGGCGUUAUAUCAAGCACCAAUAAUGAGGAAGUGUUGGGAGACUGGAAGCUUUUGGUACUUUCAUGCGAUAAAUAGCCCCAAAGGAUUGUGUCGAGUCUUUACCGAGCAUAUCCAACGGCUGUUUUGUCCACAACACUGUGAAAUGCGGAUCUUUGAUCAAGUUAUGGCCCCGUAUUGGGGUGUUGGCGCAGCACAGGUGAUUGAGAGGAAGAUCGAGGAAGAGGAAAGGUACAAGGACCGAUUAAGAGAAGUGUUUGGGACUGAGGUGAUUCUAACCAAGGCAUAA